AUGGAGAUAAUGGAGCAAGCCUUGGAGCAUUUUCUAAGACGUGUCUGGUACAAUUCAGCCUUGGAGGUAAGUGAGGUGAGAAAUGAUGAUGAAGUUGUUUGUGUGGUGUGCCAAAAACCGAUAUUAGGUCCCGCUUUUGAACACCAGUUUAAAAACCUCUGGUGUCAUUUAUCAUGCCUCAAUGCACCCACCAAUUACAAAGCCCUUCUUUUUCACAUCGGCUUUGAGCAUGAUCGCUUGAUCUUCACUGAAGAAGUGAAAAGUGAUAGCAAGGAGGACGUUGUUUGCUUGGGGUGUGAGAAGCUAGUUUUGGGUCCUGGAUACAAAUGUUCCACCUCCAAUUGCAAUUUACUCCUCCAUCAAUCAUGCGUUGAGUUGUCUUCCGAGAUACAACAACACCCUUUCCACUCAAACCACACCCUUGUUCUUGUGGAGCCAGAUUACAGAUAUUGUAAUGUUUGCGGUAAAAACUGCAAUAGAUACCCCUUCUACCGUUGCAAUGAGUGCAAUUUCAAUCUUGAUAUCACGUGUGCCGCCAACCGCCCGCAAAUUAAUAAUAUUGACGACUGCCAACAUGCAUUCAUCCCCUUCUUUCGGAAGAACCAAUUCACUUGUAGCGCUUGUGGUGAGGAAGCCAAGGAGUUACCCUCCCUAUGUAGCAUCUGUCAACUCUUGAUCCAUAGUAAAUGUGCUCGAUUUCCACGCAUCAUCUCAAUUUUAAAACAUCAUCACUCUCUUGCUCUCACCUAUUCUCUUGGUCAAGUCAAAGAGCGCUUGGACAACAUCAUAUUCUGUAGACUUUGCUAUCAAAAGGUGAAAACAGAGUAUUCAGCCUAUUAUUGUCAAGAAUGUGGUUACGUGGCUCACUUGGAAUGUGCAUUUGAAGAUGGAGAAAGUGAAAAUCUCAUGUUCUUGCCUAGGGUAUCCGAUGAUUUAGUGACUGAUGUUAUGGAGGUUGAAGGAGCGAUGCAAAUACAACACUUUAGCCAUCAACAUGAUUUAAUUAUUGGCAAUGAGGAGCUCGCGGAUGUUAAGUUUUGUGAUGGUUGUAUGGAAUUCAUCUCCACCCCGUUUUACAGUUGUACGCACUGCAACUUCUUUCUACACAGUAGAUGUGCUCAGCUACCAAGAAAGAAGCGACACAUACUUCACCAACACCAGCUCACCCUCGUCUCACAUGAGCCUUACAAUAAUGGAUUGUUCAGUUGUGAUGCUUGUAGAAAUCAGCUCCAUGGCUUUGCUUAUAGAUGUGAUGGGUGUAAUUUCGACCUUGACCUUCAAUGUUGUUCAAUUUCGGAAACCUUGAAACAUGAAGGUCAUCAACACUCCCUCUUCCUUGCUGUUAAUUCUAAUAAAAGAUGUCAUGUUUGCAGUGCCACUUAUCCCAGGAAACCAGCUGGCAUGUUUGUAUGCACUAGUUGCGACUUUGCCUUGGGUCUUGAAUGUGCAACUCUUCCUCUCAUAGCUAGGCACAUAUAUGACGAUCAUCUCCUCAAGCUCACCUACAUUGAUGAAGAUCACUGUGAAGAAUACUAUUGUCUAAUUUGCGAAAAAAAGAGAGAUCCAAAUCAGUGGUUUUAUUAUUGUGCAAAAUGCGACUUCCCUGCUCAUUCCCAAUGCGUUUUAGGAAUAUAUCUAUAA